AGCGGUCCUGUCUGUCAGUUUGCUUGCUCGCUUGCUUGCUCGCUUGCUUGCCUGUCUGCCUGUACCUGCCUGCCCGCAUACCCGUCCGCCACCCGACUGCCUGCCUACCUGUCUACCUGUCCGUCUAUCGACCCUUCCAAUCUUUCUCUCGAACCUCGCGAUCCCGAGUAUCCCGACGUUCUUCGACGCCAGGAAGCGUGCUGCUCUCAAAGACUGGCAAAACCGUCGGCAACCACUACCGGUGAUACCGUGCGAGUGGUAUCGGAUCUCGCAAGGACGUGACUCGUUCGCGGACAGACAAAUACGCGGUUAUUCGCUCGGAAACGCGGCCGAUAAUCAGCCAGGAUGCAGGUGGCAACGCUAUUUAGGGAGAGCGCCACCCUCUUGGGUGCCUCUAGCCUGGAUCCCCCGCAGACACAUCAUCACCAGGCUAUGCACCCGCAACAACAACAGCAACAACAGCAGCAGCAGCAACUUCAACAACAUCCUGCCGACCUGCAUUUGGCUCAUCACAUGCAGCACCACUACAAACUAUCGUAUCCGUCGCCUGUGCAAAAUGGUGGACCGAACGGCACCCCGAUGAAUUGCGCUGGUUCUCAAGGGGUGAUGGUAAAGCAGGAAGCGAGGGAUGACGGUUACGAGACAAGUCCGGACCUCGAGAUGAGGAGCACCGGUGGUGACAGCAGUCAGCAGUACCACACGCCACUGACACCGCACACACCGCACACACCACACACGCCGCACACACCCCUCACGCCGAUAUCGGCGACAGCGCAUCAACCCCAGCAACCUGGCUCGACCGCUUCCACCCUCGGACAGGUGGCGAUCAAGUGCGAGACUCCGGUGGAUCCGUACUCGUUCGUCGACGAGGAAAUGUCGAUGGGCGGCAUCAGAACGGCGAGCAGUCCAGUUGGCAAUCCGGAAAACAUGACGUGUCCAGCUGGAGGCCAAGGAGUCCUCUCUACACCUACGUCGACGCCGCCUGGAUCGCUAUCCGGACCGCAACAUCUUCAGAUGAACCUCGGCGUAAUGAACGGCAGCGUGAAUCCGCAGUUGGCGGCGCAACAGCCGAAGAAACGCGGCCGCAAGAGAAAAUCCGAGAUGAUUCUCACACCCGAAGAGGCGGAAUUAGCCGAGGCGAAGAAACGAGCAAAGACGUACAAGGAGAGAAAGAAGCACGACAGAUUCGACGGUAUGCCGGAAGAGGAAGUGAGCAAACGCGUUCUUCCAGAUCAUCUUACCAACAACCUGGACAUUAUUAUAAUUGGAAUCAACCCGGGACUGUUCGCCGCUUACAAGGGCCACCACUACGCCGGACCGGGAAACCAUUUCUGGAAGUGUUUACACUUAAGUGGUCUGACACCCGAACCACUGACAGCAGAUGACGACUACAAGCUCCUACGCUUCGGUAUCGGUUUCACGAAUAUGGUAGCUCGUGCCACUAAAGGCAGCGCUGAUCUAACGAGGAAGGAAAUCAAAGAAGGCAGUCACAUUUUGUUGGAGAAAUUACGAAAGUAUAAACCGAAGAUCGCCGUGUUUAACGGUAAACUGAUAUACGAGGUAUUCUCUGGGAAGAAGGAGUUUGGAUUCGGUAGACAACCUAACCUGGUGGACGGCACAAAUACGUACAUGUGGGUGAUGCCAUCGAGUAGCGCCAGGUGCGCGCAACUUCCACGGGCGGCGGACAAGGUGCCAUAUUAUGCGGCGCUCAAGAAAUUUCGCGAUUACUUGAACGGCACGAUCUCUCAUCUGGACGAGUCCGACAUAGUGUUCGCGGACUCGAAGCUGAAGAAGAAGGAACAGGAGGCGAUCGAGGACAAGAAACCGGCGUAUUGCGAGGAGCUUACGAACGAAGGAGAGAGCAGGAUCACCGACAUGAAUGGAACUGUCAUCAAACAAGAUUCAAAUUGCCAAAUACCUGGCAAGAAGAAAAGAGGCAGGCCAAAGAAGAUCAAGAAUCCGGAAGAUCAACCACCGCCCGAUCCCGAGAAAUUAGACGCGAACGGGGAAGUGAUAAAGAAGCGACGGGGGCGGCCGAAAAAGAUUCACCAACAACAAAAGCAACAGGAGCGGGAGAUCAGAGAACGAGAACAACAGCAGCAACAACAACAGCAACAUCAGGGUAUGGGUCAUCUAGGAGACGGUUACGGUACCGUGGUACCAAAUUGUUUCUCUCCGCCGAAGACGUUCGCGCAUAUGGCUCCAUACCCUCAACCAAUGAACGAUUCUGGAUACUACGGCCAAAGCAUCAACGACAGUCCGUACAGUAUAAAUGCGAAACAGAGCCCGGUACAUUUACAGCACUACAGCCAAAGUCCGAAAUCCAUGUCGCUCUCGUUUACUCAUUCCGAUCUAUCCUCGGAGAUCAACACCGCGAUCUCUUCGGAGAACAACUUGGAGCCUUCGCCAUUGACAUCUCCGAGCGUCGAACACCCAGACUUCGAACCACCUACCAGUAUCUCUCAACAAAAUAUGAACAACGAUCAUCGUCAGUACAAUCCGGCCGGGAACGGCGACAAUACGGGCCAUCACGGUAGUCCAGGAACGCCGUCUCAUCCGAGUUACACCAGCUACAUGGGUUACCACGAGCAAACCUCCGACCCCCACAAUCCCCAUCCCCAUCAGACCACGCCGACACCGUUGAGUCAAACUACCGACGAACAUUCGCAUCACUCGCAUCCCACUCCUCCGCAUACGCAUCCCCAUACGCCGACACACGCCUCGAUGUCGCCUCAUCAUCCGCACGAACAGUACGCCAUGAAAAGGAACACCGGACAGGACGUGGCCUCGAAAAGUCUCAGCGACCUGGAAUCUCUAGUCGAUCAGAUACCGAGCAUAGCCGAUGGGGGUAGCCAACGUUUGCAACACACGCAUCCCGGAAUGACCGACGAUGGAUCUCUGGCGGAAAAAAUGGAAGCGCAUCAUCAGUCUUAUUUGUCGGGAUUCUCCGGUAUGCCUAACGCUGGCAUGUCCAAUUACAGCCCUCCCUUGGCGCCUACCGGUGCGAUCUAUCCAUCUUCGUUGCACCAUUCUCCCAACGACGGUUACGGUUCUCUUUACGGCAUGAAUGGACGCCAACAUCAAGAUUCGCAGCAGCAACAACAACAGCAACAGCAGCAGCAGCAACAACAGCAGCAGCAACAGCAGCAGCAGCAGCAGCAGCAACAACAGCAUCAACAGCAGCAGCAACAGCAACAGCAUAGUAAAUCUUAUACCGUCGAAAAUCUAGCGUCUAGCAAUUACACGCCGAGCAUGAGCCACGGACAUCCUGGUAACUCGUAUCCGAAUAUAAUUCCCGGACCUCAUUAUCCCGUGCCGAUGGGAUCGACGAACGGGUAUCUUUUUGGUGGCCUUGAGUCAAGCUUGAUGCAACGCACCUACGGGAUGAGCGGUAUGAGCGGUAUGGGAGGAAUGCAUCCAUCCCUCGGUCACAUGGCCAAUCCUUAUUCCUAUAAUGGUUCGUAUUCUAGUUCCUUCGACGCCUAUCCGGCGCCGCCAGCAGGGAUUCACGCGCCCAGCGCCAAUUAUCCCGGCGGUUACGCGAGCGUUGGUAGCGCGACGCCAGGUACUUCUACGCCACCGUCUUACCUUCCUUCCCAUCACAGGCCGUCGGUCGACCUCGCUUACGACGGUGUAUGAUAAUCGAUGUAAAGCUAUUAUUCGACGUACAUACGCGCACGCUCACACACACGCUCGCAUUCGCCCUCGCGCGCAUGCGCGCGCGCGUUUACACAAACACGUAUACAAAUACACGCACAGGACAGACAUACAGACAGACAACAGACAAACAGACAGACGAACGGACAGACAACUGGCAAACAAGCAGACGAUUCGAGCGCUACGUUUAUCUUUUCUACGUAUUUUUACACGUUUAGGAUCCGCCGGAACGAUCGUCUCUUUCUGGCGCGACUUGCUACUGCGAUUUGCGCGCCCGUUUUUCUUCCUCUUUCUCCUUUCAUCGAUCUCUCCGAGCUUCUUUACGCUUUCCUCGAACCUCCUGUACCUUUCAUCGCGUGUUUUCGUAUUCACUCGGAACUCUUCCCUCUCCCGAUUUUUCCCCCUUCUUUUCUUUUUCAUCCGGCUAGAUCAACGAUUAGCAACGGGCGCACGGUUCGAAACCGCGACGGCAACCGCUAUGAGAAAGAAAAAGAAAGGGAAAAAGCCGGUUCUCGCACGCGCUACGCAAUCAGGCUGUCGAAUUAUGUAAAUGCGUUAAUAGGGUUUCGAAAGUGGCGUGCUCGUGCAGAUGCUAUUUGUCUCUUUUUCGCAGUGAUCGCGCAUCGAUCGUCGAUAAUGGGAAAAGUCGAACGUUGAAGUUUCGCUUCUUUCCAUCGUUUUCUAACGUUAUACUGUUACGCUUUCGUUAUUGUUGAAGAAUAUUCCGCUGUUUCGCUUCACUGGCAAACAUGUGCGAUCUGUUGCUGUUUCAACGAAUCGGUAUACAUUUUUCUCCGAACGUCGCUCGUUAAAACAUGCAAAAGUUUUACGUAUUUACGCGUGUAUUCGUCCUUAUUUUAUCCUCUUUUUCCGUUCCUUUCGUUGUAUGAGAGAAGGUAUGCAGUUUGUACGCGUCGAAUCGUUUACGUCACGUUAUUAACUGUAAUCGUUAUGUCCACGAGCGAGACUGCUAUUCGAUAAACGGUAGCGUUCGACCUUCGUGUUGAAGCAUUUUUUACGAACCAAUGGACGAAAUAUAUCCGAAUUAGCGGAAUAUGUAUACACGUUCGCGUUGAAACAUUGACCGGUAAUCGUAGCGAUGCGCUAGUCGCAAAAAUGUAAUUCGCGAAAAGUCGUUCGAUACACUACCGAGUAGAAAGUACGACUUUCGAUGAUAUUCCUAAAAGAAUUUGGAAAUAUUUUCUGUUCGCGGUGUAACAAAUGCGAUGUCGUAGGUAUACGACUGCUGCAUCCUAUACAGCUAUGUAUAUGCGUGCGUUACAGUGUAUGAUACGUUACAUCAAAGCAAUAGCGCAUACACGCGUGUGCACAUGAUUAAUUGCAAACUGUAUAUGUUUAAUGCGAAUCUAGUCAAUUCGAUUCGUUGAAUCGUGGCGGUUUAUCGCAAUCGACCGAGUAAUUUUACACGCGGAUUAAGUCGGGAAAGAAAACUGACCGAUCGAUAGAGGUACUGAAUUUCGCGCAAUUUCCCUUCCGCUCGUACGGACAGAGAAGAGAUUCGACUGAAUCGCGAUCGACGUUAACCGAUCACAGGCGAAUAUUUCACCACGUUGAUUGUAUUCUCGCGUAAUAGCCUACUUUUAACGUGUUAUUUUUUAUCGCCUGUAUCCCAACAUGAAAUAGUGGAAUCUUCUUUUUGGUCAUCAAACGACAUAGACAGAUGCAUUCGUCGUAAUUUUUCCCUCUAACUCUUCAUUAUAAUUUCGCGGAUACUUUUUAAUUUAAUCGGCAUAAACAGGCACGAAACAGAAAUGGAAACGUAAAUGGUCGAAAGAUUUCUCUGUCUAUACGCGUUGGUCGAACGAAUCGCGAAAAGUUUGAGCAGUAAGAAAAUAAAAAAAAAAAAAAUUAAAAAACGGGAGAGAGAUGGGUCGCGGAAGAAAAUCUCUCGAUAGUCGAUUGGGUAGGCAUCCUCGCUUUCGUACCUCGCACUCGCUACAGCCAUAGCCAUAAUCGUUCUCGUUGCAAUUUGUUUAUCGGUUAAUGCAUAUCGGUUAAUCGUUGACUAUCGACGUCGCUGUGAAAUGUCAUAGGUUACCGUGAUUUUUAUAGUUAUCGCGUUAUGUUGUCUCUCGUUAAUUGUAUAUUUCAUCGCUGCGUUUCGAGUAAUCGAGGAUUACAGUGUUUUUAUCGAUACACGAUCACAAACAGUCGAUGUAGAUGUAUGCCAUAACCGACAUCCUCUUUUGUCGCUAAUCAAUGCUGUAAAAUUGCGCAUCUGGCAUGAUUAUAUGCAAAGAAAUAAAUAUACGCACGCGUACGUGUACACGAUCGUACAUAAACAAGUGGUAAAGAAAGAAGAAAAAAGGAAGAAAAUGAAAAAGAGAAAGAAGAAAGAAGAUGAAAGAGAUAUACGUAUACGCGUGUACGCGUUCACGUGCCUAUACUUAUAGAAUACACAUACAAAGUAUAAAUAUUAUAUAUUGACUAUCUACGAUAAGCGAGAAACAUUUAUCGAGUAAUCACAUAGGAUGUGUUGAAACAUUUAAAAUGAUGCACAGGGUAUAGAUGAGAAAAUCGUUGAUAUAAUAACUGAUGUCUAUAUAAUGAAUGUUUCUUUUGUUCUAUCGGCCUCAAGGACACAAAGCGCGUACGAUCGACAAUUAAUCUAUGGUAGAUGUUUUUCAGAAUCCAUUCCGAUUCAAAGGGGACGGUUUUAGUAUAAGUGUCGUCGGUGUUAAUCGUUCGUCGAUAAUGAAACGAAACGAAGAAAAAAUAAAGGGACGAAAAAGAUGGAAGCAGGAAAACAGAAAUGAACGUAUACCGUGCCGAACGGAACGAACCAUCGCUAAUCGAUACCUUUCGAUUAAUCGAAUCAAUCGAUUGUAAAUUGAUCGCUAAGAAUUAAGUAUUAAGUAUAAAUAUAUUAUACAGAUUUAAGUGGUUUCGCUGUUGAUCGUAUCGAAUAAUAAUAAUAAUAAUAAUAAUAAUAAUAAUAAUAAUAAUAAUAAUAUUAAUAAUAACUAUAACAAUAACAACAACAACAACAACAACAAAAUAAUAAUAAUUAAUAAUUAAUAACAAUAAUAAUUAAUAAUAAUAAAACGAGAAAAAAGAAAGAAAAUCGAAAGAAAAGAAAGGAAAAAAUUUCGAGCGUAAGCGAGUAAGAGAGCUUGGGCCAAAACCGGCCUCCGACAUAUUUUUUAAUCGCUUGGAACCCUCUAUUAUUCUACCUUUUAAACUUAACGGUGUGAAUGUCCAGCCGACCGAUCGAUCGAUCGAUCGAUCGACCGAUCCGUCGAUUCGUGGCCGAAAACAGUAAUCGACCGCUCGCUCACUCGCUUCUAUCUUAAACCACACUUCUCUGUCAUAAUUCUCAUUAUCAGCAUCGUAUCGAUCGCUCGGAUUAUUGAGAUGUGUUCUAUAUCGACCAACAACGUACAAGUACUUGCGGAGUAUUUAUAGCUGUUCGUACAACGCGGGAAAGAGGGGCAACGUAUCUUACGUUAUUCUUUGCAAUUUUUAUUUCGUUUCUCUUUUCCUAUAUUCUGCCCCCUCCCCCUCCCCCCACUUCUCUUCCUUUUUUACGUCACUCGUUGGAUCAACGAUUUCUCGCCUUAAAAUUGAUUCGCGAUAAUCCUCCAGACGCUUCGUUCGAAACUACAUCAUCCUUCCCUUCGCAUCCUUCCUUUUCCUUCGCCUUUAACGCUCGCUUUUCGUCUUUUUUUUUCGUACUCGCCUUUUCGUUAUUUUCUUUAUCAUUGGAUCGGGAUUACACGAAAAAUCAAACUUAAAAACAUUUCAUUCGGAUCCUUUACACGUGCAACGAACUUGCAGAUUUUACUUAUAACUUUCGAACAAAGCAAACAGAGAAAAAUAAAGGAUCCGAGAGCUCAGAGAGGACAAGGAAGGAAAAAAUGUAGGAUUCGAUCGUUCGUUCGAUCAACGAAUAAGAGUAGAACCAAUUCGAUAUAAAUAUUCGUUUUCUUUUUCAAUUUUUACUGCGAGUUCCAGCUCCUUUUGAUUAAUCGACAAAUUUUCUCCAACGAUCGUUGAUAACGAUUCAAUAACAUGCUUGGAAAUUCGAGUCGCUCGUAUUUUCGUGUAUGAUCGUUUCGCACGAAAAAAUGUUCGAUCGAACAAAGUAGUGAUAAUAUCGUACCGUGCAUGUUGGAAUUGAGCAAUGGCGAAUGCACUGCAAACGCUCAUUUAAAUGCACACUGUUUUCUCGCUUCGACAAAUUCGUAACAUCAUUGCUGGUUGUUCGUUUGUUCGUUCUUUCGUCCAUUCGUAAUGUUCCAGAUACACGAAAAUUCGGGCUGUUUCUUUCAUUCGAAGGAACGAAUCGAUGUACGCUUAACGAUCAUAAACGUAGCAUAGUUGGAUUCGUAAUUCUAAAUGUUGUGUGUUGCGUUAUUUGCCAUGAAAGUCGGUCGGUAAACUAAACUGUACUCGAAAGGUGCAUCGGUUACCCAACGAUUUAUUUUUUACCAACCGUGCACACGAAUUCGAUUGUUGAUUCUUCGAUCGAAUGUGCGAUCGUCUCUAUUACCAAUAAACGAUACGUUUUUCUUCAAAACGAGGAAUACUCUUUAGAAUACACGUCUGUUUCGCCAUGCAGCAUAUUCUCUUUUGAAGAAAUAGAACGUCGCAUGUAUUCGAUUAUCCACAUCGAAUAUUCAAAAUUACAAAGUUCAUUAUCAAAUUUGAAGUACCGAUCCUCUAUUGACUGUAUGUAUGUGUAUGUAUUGCUGCUUAUAUGCAUGUACACACAUGCAUAUACACAUGUAAAGCUUAAAGAGUAAUUCCAGUUCUU